AUGAGUGCGUUACUACAGUACUCGAAAGUCACCUACGAAUGCAGUUGCGGCAAGUGGCGAACUCUCCCGGAUCUCUUUUUCUGUAGGCAUUGCUUCAAGAUUAAGUGAGAUUAGUAUUCAGUUUUUACUGUCAGAACAGAAAGUUUUAGGUGCGAUGACUGCAGCUGCAAGGAGAUUGACAUGAUUUUCUGUCCUCGAUGUCUGGAGGUGUCCAGUGCUCCGGAAGCCCGUCUCAAGAAGCAUCGCUGCACAAAUUGCAAUGACUGCCCGAAUUGUGGUAGGCUUAUUUUUGAACGAUGGUGCAUAUUGAAAGUUGACACGCUUCAGCGAAUGUUUUGAGUGCUCGCUCUGAAAAUGAAAAGUACUAUUUGGUCUGUCAAAAUUGCCGUUGGUCAACUCGUGAUGCAGACCAAGAAGACCGGGAAAACGUCCGACAGUGGCCAGUGUAUGUUGUCAUUCCGCGGACUGAUUUUAUCAUUUUUCAUUGCAGAAAAGAGAAUUCAUUGACGACGGAACUGAACGAAGUUACUAAUUAUAUGAAACAACUGGAAAUGGUGGAGAACGCUCCCAAAGAUCUGAAAAAGGCGAAAUCGAGUAGGACGUGGUCAGCCUUGCAUUUGAAAGACAAGUACGGAAUGCAGCAGAUGGUAGAGAAGAGACGGAAAAUGAUGGCUCCCGAGCUGAAGCCUCUGGAUCCUCAUGCUCCGAUCGAGGCUCCAACUCUGGAGGAAGAGCUGCAGGACCGAUCUGAUCUUCUUCGAACUCUAGACCAAUUCAUAAUGCAGCCGCUAACGAAUGCUUCGGAAUCACUUUUUCCAGUCAAAGUCUCUCUGCAAGGACGGACGCUCACACGAUGCGACGAAUGCGAGAGAACGCUCGUGAAAAGAGACUUCGGAGUUUCCACAUACAAAUUCAAGAUAUCUGUGAGUAACUCCAAUUUGUUCCCUCCCUAUUCCCUUCUCAUUUCAGUCAUUCGGCCGUGAAUUCGUACCCGACAUCCGAAUGUCCCGCCCAAUGGACGAAUUAAAAGCCGGAGAAACUUCCCAUGUCCUCCUUUCCCUCACCAAUUUGUCGCUUUCCCCGCUGACAAUGACCAUUACCCCACAAUCAGGAGAAGGGAUCAUUCAGUGCACAAAUGGGCCCAUUGAGCUUCUGUUGCCUUCUUCGAAAGACGCGGACGCCUCUGCUGUUCCGGGAGUUCCAGCCGAGCAAAGGUAUAUCCAACGAUUAAAGUCCAUUUCUAAUAGUUCAAUGCUUUCAGUGAAGUGAUCGUGUUCCGUCGGCACAACCGAGUCGGCCUUCGAUUGGACGUCCUUCCUUCUGAAUCCACUGUCAGUACUCCGAUUCUGGAUCUCGUCAUCACUUACAAGCAGGAUGGGUCGUUCAGUCUUCUGGCAACCAGCGAAAAGGUUCUGAAACCGGAAGAGUCGGGAAUCGAUCGCAUUCUCACCGCUCACAUAAAAGUGGCUCUGAUCUGA